AUGCUUCUCCUCUGGACAGUUUCGCUGCUGCUGGGCACAGCAGUAGGGAAAGAAAUCUGCUUCCAAAGGCUUGGCUGCUUCAGCGACGAUGCCCCCUGGGCAGGAAUUGUGGAAAGGCCCCUGAAAAUAUUGCCCUGGGGCCCCAAAGAGGUCAACACCCGCUUCCUCCUGUACACCAACGAGAACCCCAACUCCUUUCAGGAACUUGUUGCAGAUCCAUCAACUAUCGGGUCCUCCAAUUUCAAAACGGAUAGGAAAACCCGCUUCAUUAUUCAUGGAUUCAUAGACAAGGGAGAAGAAAACUGGCUGUCCAAUAUGUGCAAGAACCUGUUUAAGGUGGAAAGCGUGAACUGCAUUUGUGUGGAUUGGAAAAGUGGCUCCCGAACGGGGUACACGCAGGCCUCCCAGAACAUCAGGAUCGUGGGGGCGGAAGUGGCGUACUUCAUUGAAGUCCUUCAGUCGGCCUUCGGGUACUCGCCUUCCAACGUCCACAUCAUCGGCCACAGCCUGGGCUCCCACGCCGCCGGGGAGGCCGGCAGGAGGACCAACGGGACCGUCGCGCGCAUCACAGGUUUGGACCCAGCCGAACCUUGCUUUGAGGGGACACCCGAGUUAGUCCGACUGGACGCCAGCGAUGCCCAAUUUGUGGAUGUAAUUCACACGGACGCUGCCCCCAUCGUCCCCAACAUGGGGUUUGGAAUGAGCCAAACUGCGGGACACCUGGAUUUCUUUCCAAAUGGAGGGAUAGAAAUGCCCGGGUGUCAGAAGAACAUUCUCUCUCAGAUUGUUGACAUUGAGGGCAUCUGGGAAGGCUCUCGUGACUUUUUUGCCUGUAAUCACCUGAGAAGCUACAAGUAUUACUCUGACAGCAUCCUCAACCCUGAUGGCUUUACCGGAUUCCCCUGUACCUCUUACAGUUCUUUCACUGCAAACAAGUGCUUCCCCUGUCCCAGCGAAGGCUGCCCACAGAUGGGCCAUUACGCUGACAGAUUUCCCGACAAAACAAAGGGAAUAGGCCAGACGUUUUAUCUAAACACCGGUGAUGCCAGCAGUUUUGCCCGUUGGAGGUAUAAGGUAACUGUCACUCUGUCUGGAAAGAAAGUUAGAGGACACGUGCUGGUUUCUUUGUUUGGAGACAGAGGAAACUCUAAGCAGUACGAAAUUUUCAAGGGCGUUCUCCGACCAGAAGGUAUUCUUUCCAAUGAAUUUGACUCAGAUGUGGAUGUUGGGAAUUUGCAGAUGGUUAAAUUUGUUUGGUAUAACAAUAUAAUCAACCCAACUCUUCCCAAAGUGGGAGCAUCCCAGAUCACAGUGGAAAGAAACGAUGGAAAAACAUUCAACUUCUGUAGUCAAGCAACUGUGAGGGAAGAUGUUCUGCUCACUCUCACUCCAUGUUAG